CUUCUCCUUUAUAUAAAUACACGAUUGGUAAUUUACUCUGAUCACUCUCAUCGCUUCUCAUUUCCAUUUUAUUCGUCUUCGUCAAUCAUCACACCUCAUGGCUCACUCUCUCGGCCUCACUCAACCCAAAUCCACUCACCAUCCCAAGAUCUCGUUCUCCGCGACGGAGACCGACGUAACCGAGUGGAAAGGAGACUUACUCGUCGUCGGCGCGACGGAGAAAGACUUGACCAAGGACGCAGCCUCGAAGAAGUUCGAGAACCCGAUCUUGAACAAGCUCGACGCUCACCUGAGUGGACUCUUAUCCUUAGUCUCCUCCGAAGAGGAUUUCACCGGUAAACCGGGCCAGUCAACGGUUCUUAGACUUCCCGGUUUAGGGUCGAAACGGAUCGGUUUGAUCGGUUUAGGAAAGUCCUCUUCUUUUUUUUCUCCGGCGUCUUUUCAGGGCCUCGGUGAAGCUGUUGCCACGGUUGCUAAAGCUUCUCAGUCUAGCAGCGUCGCCGUCGCUCUUGCCUCCUCCCCCACUGAUAAGCUUGGCUCUGCAUCAGCUUUAGCUUCAGGGGUAGUGCUUGGAUUGUUUGAAGACUGUAGGUUUAAAUCUGAGUCAAAGAAACCGUCUUUGAGCUCUGUUGAUCUCAUUGGAUUUGGAACUGGACCUGAGCUAGAGAAGAGGCUCAAGUUUGCUGAAGAUGUUUCUUACGGUGUCAUUUUCGGGAGAGAGCUCAUUAACUCUCCUGCCAAUGUCCUCACUCCCGCUGUGCUUGCUGAGGAAGCAGCAAAAGUGGCUUCUACUUAUAGCGAUGUGUUCACUGCAAACAUCUUGAACGAGGAGCAGUGCAGGGAGUUGAAGAUGGGUUCUUAUCUGGCUGUUGCUGCUGCUUCGGCUAAUCCUCCUUUCUUCAUCCACCUUGUCUAUAGACCUCCGGGUGGCGAUGUUAAGACCAAACUUGCUCUUGUUGGAAAAGGAUUGACCUUUGACAGUGGUGGCUACAACAUUAAGGCUGGACCUGGCUCCUCUAUUGAGCUCAUGAAAUUCGACAUGGGUGGUUCGGCUGCUGUUCUUGGUGCUGCGAAAGCCAUUGGUGAGAUUAAGCCUCCUGGUGUUGAGGUUCAUUUCAUCGUUGCAGCAUGUGAGAAUAUGAUUAGUGGAACUGGAAUGAGACCUGGUGAUGUCAUCACCGCCUCAAACGGAAAGACCAUUGAGGUCAACAACACAGAUGCUGAGGGUCGUCUAACACUUGCUGAUGCUCUAGUCUAUGCUUGUAACCAGGGCGUUGACAAGAUUGUUGACCUGGCUACAUUGACUGGGGCAUGCGUUAUUGCUCUUGGAACAUCAAUGGCUGGAAUUUACACACCUAAUGAUGAGCUUGCGACGGAGGUGAUUGCUGCAUCAGAGAGGAGUGGAGAGAAGCUGUGGAGGAUGCCAUUAGAGGAGAGCUAUUGGGAGAUGAUGAAGUCUGGAUGUGCUGAUAUGGUCAACACAGGCGGGCGUGCAGGAGGCUCCAUCACCGCAGCUCUCUUCUUGAAACAGUUUGUGAGCGAGAAGGUGCAAUGGAUGCAUAUAGACAUGGCCGGACCGGUGUGGAACGAGAAGAAGAAGUCUGGGACUGGGUUUGGUGUUGCGACGCUUGUCGAAUGGGUGCAGACGAAUUCUUCUGCGUAGAUGUAACCUGGAGGAUGAGAUAAACAGAGAGUGACCGCUGGUUUUAUAAUAAUGUGUCGAAAGUUAUUGUGUUUUAAAUGUUUUUUAAUUUUUACUUUUUGAACAGUAAAUUUAUCAUAUGUUGAAUAAAGGGGUCACUUUGCUUUGUCGUU